AUGGAUGACAUCUGCUGGGUCAAGACGAACCGGCACGCCAAGCUGGAUGCGCGCGGCAACGUGCAGCAGGGAGUGAUGUACGGUGACACGUCCAUCAUCCAAAGGAGCAAAGAGCAUUGCCUGGUGGGUGUCAAGGGCACCGUAAAGCGUUCAGUGGACACCCACUUCAUCCACGCGAAUUGCGAUGUGGAUCUCAUCAUGGAGGAGGAGAAGAGCUUUGGCUCCACUCAGAAGCCCACAGAGCUCUAUGAGACCAUCGAGCACUUCUGUCUCGGGCGCAGGCGUCUGGAGCUCUUCGGCCGUGACCGGAACCUCCGGGAUGGCUGGCUGACCCUGGGCAAUGGCCUUACCACUGACAAUUGGGACAAAGAGACCUACCUGAAGUGGUUUGAGGGCGAAGUCCAGUGGCCGGAGGCGAAAGAUUACAAGGGCGGCCGCCUGCUGGGGAGUAUCUCCGAGAUCGACACCUUGCGCCCAAAGAGCCCUGUGAGACCAGGCCGCAAGCGCUCGCGGUCGCUCUCCCCGCGCCGGCGCGUGGGCAACAGCAGUGCGGGCGGCUGGCGCGCAGCACGCGCCUCCCGGGACUACGACGAGGACGAGAAGCCUCUGCCGGAAGAUCUGGGCGAGAUGGCCCCACCCAUCCCCCAGGACGAUUAA